AUGAUAGAUCUUUCUGCUCUCACAAUACCACUUAGUUGCCUCUCAAUUGGCCUUUGUAUCACCAGUCUGGUUAUGCCCUAUUGGAAUUGUGGAGGCUUCUUUACCACUUGUGUCUUCACGUUGAUCCACGUGAUUAUUAUGGGUCUCAUUUUGGGAGGCAUUGUCAUCUUUGGAAUAGUUUUCCUUCUUGAUUUAUGCAAGGCAUGUCGAAAUUCUUGGAUUCCUGGACCAGUGUGCAACACGUGCAAAAUUCUCCUUUCGGCAAUCGGUGCAGGUGCUUUAUUGAGUGGAAAUUUGCUCUACGCGGUGAUGUAUAUCCAAUCUUGGUCCUACGUCAUGUCCUUUGCCGGAUCUAUUAUCGCUACUCAUGUCGUUCUGAUAUCCAUUUUUACAAGCCGGUGCUUACAAGGAUACUAG